AAUUAAUAUAUGAUAUAAAAAAAUAUAAUAAAAUGUAUUUCUGCUGAAUACCUCUCCUUGCUCUUUUGUAGUAAACCGAAAAGAAAGAACACCCCUGACAAAAGCUUUGAAACCGGACUGUGUAAGCUGACUCAUUUAUUAAUUGUUUAAAGCUCAAGAAUUUAGUGAGAUACAAUGUCUAAUGCUGACGAGCCGCUCUACCCAAUAGCUGUGCUGAUUGAUGAGCUGAAGAAUGACGAUAUUCAAAUGAGAUUGUAUUCUAUUAGGAGGCUUUCAACCAUUGCCCGCGCUCUUGGGGAGGAACGGACAAGAAAGGAAUUGAUCCCAUUUCUAAGCGAGAAUAAUGACGACGAAGAUGAGGUUCUUCUUGCAAUAGCGGAAGAGCUGGGGGUAUUUAUUCCUUACGUUGGAGGUGUGGAGCAUGCUCAUGUUUUGCUCACCCCUUUGGAAACCCUUUGCACUGUUGAAGAAACCUGUGUCAGGGACAAAGCUGUAGAAUCGCUUUGUAGAAUUGGAUCCCAGAUGAAAGAGACUGAUUUAAAUGAAUGGUUUGUUCCUCUAGUGAAGAGGCUAGCAGCAGGUGAAUGGUUUACGACCCGAGUUUCUGCCUGUGGAUUGUUUCAAAUUGCAUAUCCGAGUGCACCUGAGACGUUGAAAACUGAAUUGCUUUCAAUAUACAGUCAGUUGUGUCAGGACGACAUGCCUAUGGUGAGGAGAUCUGCUGCCACAAAUUUGGGCAAGUUUGCUGCUACCAUUGAACCUGCUCAUCUCAAGACUGAUAUCUUGCCAAUAUUUGAGGAUCUUACACAAGAUGAUCAAGAUUCUGUUCGGUUACUAGCUGUAGAAGGAUGUGCUGCUCUUGGAAAGUUGUUAGAGCCUAAGGAUUGUGUAGCACAUAUUCUUCCUGUUAUCGUCAACUUCUCUCAGGAUAAGUCGUGGCGUGUUCGUUACAUGGUUGCCAAUCAGCUGUAUGAAUUAUGUGAAGCUGUGGGACCUGAACCUACCAGGGCGGAUCUGGUUCCUGCAUAUGUCCGACUUCUACGAGAUAAUGAAGCUGAAGUACGUAUAGCUGCUGCUGGAAAAGUUACCAAGUUUUGCCGGAUUCUUGAUCCGGAGCUAGCUAUCCAGCACAUCCUCCCAUGUGUAAAGGAGUUGUCUUCUGAUUCCUCUCAACAUGUUAGAUCUGCUCUGGCCUCAGUUAUAAUGGGCAUGGCUCCUGUACUAGGAAAGGAUGCAACAAUUGAACAGCUCCUUCCAAUAUUUCUUUCUCUUCUGAAGGAUGAAUUUCCUGAUGUACGUCUUAGUAUUAUCAGCAAGCUGGAUCAAGUCAACCAGGUUAUUGGGAUAGAUUUGUUAUCCCAAUCUCUCUUACCAUCGAUUGUUGAGCUUGCAGAAGAUAGACAUUGGAGAGUACGCCUGGCAAUUAUUGAGUAUAUACCUUUGUUGGCUAGUCAGUUAGGAGUAGGCUUUUUUGAUGAUAAACUAGGUACUCUCUGUAUGCAGUGGCUGCAGGAUAAGGUAUACUCAAUUCGAGAUGCUGCCGCUACUAACCUGAAGCGCCUUGCAGAAGAGUUUGGUCCAGAAUGGGCGAUGCAGCACAUCGUUCCACAGGUUUUGGAUAUGAUUAAUAACCCUCAUUACUUGUAUCGCAUGACUAUUCUCCGUGCUAUUUCUCUACUCGCUCCUGUAAUGGGUUCAGAAAUAACAUGUUCUAAAUUGCUGCCUGUAAUUGUUACAUUGUCCAAGGAUAGAGUGCCCAACAUCAAAUUCAAUGUAGCAAAGGUGUUACAAUCCCUUAUACCUAUUCUGGAUCAAUCUGUGGUGGAGAAUACUAUUCGUCCUUGUCUUGUAGAACUUGCUGAGGAUCCAGAUGUAGAUGUCCGUUACUUCGCAAACGAAGCACUCCAGUCAAUUGAUCAUGUCAUGAUGUCAAGUUAGAGGUUCAUUAUAUGGAAUCUGAUCUGUCUUAACAUGCAAUCACAGAUUAGCUGUAACAUCUUGUAGACCUGUAAAUGUACCUGGUAUUAUGUUAUGAACAUAUGGUAAUACAGUCGCUGCUGAAAAGUUUUGUUCAGGUGUUCUCAA